AUGUCCACCUUUCUCCCUCGAUCCCAACCCCCACUCCACCCCUCCUCCUCGUGCCAUAACCUUCUUGCUCGAAUGGCCAUAACCGCCUCGAAAGAUGACUACUUCACACAGCCCUUUCAACCUCACAUCUUGGCCGCAUGCAUUAUCCAGUUGAGCUUCUACGUACACUCACUCUACUGCUGCCUCUACCUUGACGCCUGGCGUGCUGACUCGCGUUUGUUGCUGACACAUCAUGUUGUCACCUGCCUCUUGUUGGUGGUGGGCAUGGCAACCCGGUGA